UACAGUUAUGGGCAGAAUUAGUUGCAUUGUCCUCUUUGGUUUUGCAGUUUUCAUUCUGAUUCAUAACCAAACUUCACUUGCUACUGUUCCUAAUAUUAGCACUGAUGAAGCUGCUCUCUUUGCACUGAAAUCACACAUUUCUUCUCAUCCUAACAGCAUCUUAGAAAGCAACUGGUCUUCGUCCAGCCCCGUUUGCAGCUGGAUUGGAAUCACUUGCAGCUCCCGCCACCAUCGAGUCACUGCUUUAGACAUUUCUAACAUGCAACUUCAUGGUACCAUUCCUCCACACAUAGGAAACCUCUCAUUUCUUGUUUCCCUCAGGGUCAAUUACAACGCUUUCCAUGGAAAUUUGCCAGCAGAGUUGGCUCAUUUGAAGAGGUUGAAAUUGAUUAAUGUUAGAAGUAAUAACUUCACUGGAGCCAUUCCAUCAUUUUUGAGUUUGUUACCAAACCUACACACUGUGACCCUCUGGAGCAACCAAUUUUCGGGGAAAAUUCCAUCUUCCCUCUUCAAUCUAACAAAGCUGCAAGUGUUGAGUUUGCAGAGUAAUUUUCUCGUAGGAGAGAUCCCUAGAGAAAUUGGUGAUCUUCGUUACCUGACUGUCCUAGACCUGCAGUACAAUCAGCUUACUGGCCCUUUACCACCAUCAAUAUUUAACAUUACGACAAUGCAAGUGAUUGCUCUAACCAACAACAAUCUUAGUGGAAAGCUUCCAACAACUAUAUGCGACCAUCUACCAAACUUGGAAAGGCUUUAUCUCUCAAGCAACUCCUUAGAUGGAGUUAUUCCAUCAAACCUUGAGAAAUGCAGAAAGCUUCACACAUUGUCAUUGUCAUUCAAUGAUUUUAUUGGAACUGUACCGAGAGAGCUAGCAAACUUAACGUCUCUUAUAACAUUAUUUCUUGGACAACAACACUUGGAAGGAGAGAUACCUGUGGAGCUAGGUAAUCUUAAGAAACUACAGAAGCUGGGAUUAGCCGAGAAUGAGCUUACUGGUUCGGUCCCUACAAGCAUUUUCAACAUAUCAGCACUGCAGGUCCUAAUACUUUCACUAAACAAGCUUUCAGGUACUCUACCUUCAGAUUUAGGUCGUGGAAUGCCGAACCUAGAAGAAUUUUACUGUGGAGGAAAUAGUCUGAGUGGUUUUAUCUCUGAUUCAAUCACGAAUUAUUCGAGACUGAAAAUGCUUGAUCUCUCAUUCAACAGUUUCACAGGUCCAAUUCCUAAAUCACUAGGUAAACUAGAAUACCUUGAGGCUCUAAACUUGGGAUACAAUAGUUUUACCAGCGAUUCAACAUUAAGCUUCCUUGCAUCAUUGAAUAACUGUAGGAAUCUAAGAAAUCUCUGGUUCUAUUAUAAUCCUUUGGAUGCCAUUUUUCCAGCAUCUGUUGGUAAUUUCUCCGACUCCUUGCACGGUUUUGAAGCAGAUGGUUGUAAACUUAAGGGCAUGAUUCCCAAUGAAAUUGGUAAACUUACUGGUUUGACAAAGAUGAGUCUAUCUAACAAUGAGUUCACCGGAUUUAUCCCGAAUACCAUCCAAGGCAUGUUGAGCCUUCAAGAACUUUACCUAGAUGGAAACAAGAUACAAGGACCCAUACCAGAUUAUAUGUGCAGUUUACAGAAUCUUGGUGCAUUGGACUUGUCACAAAAUAAAUUUUCUGGUUCCGUGCCACCAUGCUUAGGAAAACUUACCCGUUUGAGGAUACUUCAUCUAGAUUACAACAGGCUGGAUUCUAGAUUACCAGAAAGCUUGGGAAGCCUUACAGAUCUUUUAGAAUUUAGUGUUUCAUCCAAUUUAUUAAGUGGGCAAAUUCCAUUUGAAAUUGGUAAUUUACAGGCCGCAACAAUCAUUGAUUUGUCAAAAAAUGAUUUUUCUGGUACGAUUCCUACCACUCUAUGGGGUCUAGAUAAAUUGAUUCAUCUUUCUCUAGAACAUAAUAGACUAGAUGGGCCUAUUCCAGAUUCAUUUGGCAAAAUGUUGGCAUUGGAAUUCUUAGAUUUGUGCUAUAACAAUCUUGUUGGUGAAAUUCCAAAGUCAUUAGAAGCUCUUGUGUCUCUAAAAUACCUGAACUUUUCAUUCAAUAAACAAAUCGGAGAGAUUCCCACUGGUGGUCCUUUUUCAAAUGCCACAGCUCAAUCCUUCUUGUCUAAUGAUGCACUAUGUGGUGAUGCCAAGUUUAAUGUGACAAAAUGUGUCAUCCAAACACCCAAGACGAAAAAGGCUAACUUAGUUUUGUACAUCAGUUUGGGAGUGGGUAUGUUACUUCUUAUAUUAGCCCUUGCAUAUGUAUAUGUAAGAUUGCGAAAUACAAAAAAGAAUACAGGUCAAACAAAUGUGUCACCGUUAAAAGAGCAUGAAAGAAUUUCCUAUUAUGAAAUUGAACAGGCAACAGAAGGAUUCAACGAAACCAACUUGCUUGGUAAUGGGAGUUUAAGCACGGUCUACAAAGGGAUACUUAAAGAUGGUACCCUUUUUGCAGCAAAGGUAUUCAAUGUGCAAUUGGAGCGUGCGUUCAGAAGUUUUGACACAGAGUGUGAGAUACUCCGAAACCUUCGCCACAGAAAUUUGACCAAAGUCAUCACCAGCUGCUCCAACCUUGAUUUCAAAGCCCUAUUGUUGGAAUACAUGCCCAACGGGACACUUGAUAAAUGGUUAUAUUCUCAUAACUUAUUCUUGAACUUAUUGCAGAGAUUAAAUAUAAUGAUAGAUGUUGCAUCUGCAAUGGACUAUCUCCACAAUGGUCAUUCAACAGCUGUGGUGCAUUGUGACUUGAAGCCAACCAAUGUCUUGCUAGAUCAAGAAAUGGUUGCUCAUGUCAGUGAUUUUGGCAUCUCAAAAUUGUUAGGUGCAGGGGAGGCUUUUGUUCAGACAAGGAAAAUUGCGACCAUUGGAUAUAUUGCUCCAGAGUACGGACAAAAUGGAAUUGUAUCGACAAGUUGUGAUGUUUAUAGUUUUGGCAUCAUGAUGAUGGAGACGUUCACAAGAACAAGACCAAGUGAUGAUAUAUUUAUCGAAGGCUUGACCAUACAACGUUGGGUUAGUGAUUCCUUUCCAGGUGAAAUUCAUAAGGUGGUGGAUUCUAAUCUGGUACAGCCACAGGAUGAGCAAAUUGAUGCAAAGAUGCAGUGCUUGUUGUCUAUCAUGGAAUUAGCUUUGAGCUGCACUUUCGUGACACCCGAUGCAAGAAUUCCUAUCGAAAAUGCUCUUUCAACGCUGAAAAAUAUUAGGCUCCGGCUUGUCAGUAGUUGACACUAGGUGGAAUUGGACCGGCUUCUCUUGUAUGCUAUUUGAUUUACUAUGCCAGUUACAUUAAACUUUCAAUUUUGCUAAAGUACUUAAUUGUGUUUAUUUAGGGUUG